UAUUUCUCUGUUAGGUAGGAGUCAAAAAUAUCUCAUUCUGCAUAGGAUAGGGGAUUUUACACACUGAGUAUGAAGCUCCUCAGGCAUUUUUGUCUCUUGUGCAAGUCCUGUCCUCCGUAAGCACUUCUGCCCCUCUGAGUGGCCGCAUCCUGCUUCACAAUUUGACAAGGCGCUGGCAGGACCGGAGCAUAGCACAUUAAUACCUCAGCUCAGCCCUGAAGCUCAGCCCAGGAAGCUGCCCUGCCAAGGUUCACGUUUCAUAGGGCAGACAUAAGCACUAAAGAAGAGGAAAUAUGCCUUUGAACCAAAACAGGCAGAGCUUGAAGAAAACAUUUGUUUUCAAUGCAACUAUGGAUUAAGAAAAUGCAAAAGAAAUUUGAAUGCUGCUUAUGAAGGGAAAGUCUGGGAGAAAGAAAUACUGAGGAAGGGCAGCCAGAAAAUUCAUCAUGACAGAAGCACUCACAGAAACGACAGCUGAAUACACUUACGACGAACAUGCUUUUUCCUGCAAUAAGACUGACAUCCAAGAAUUUGGGAAAGUAUUUCUGCCAAUAUUUUACAUUGCAGUGUUUGCUCUUGGCCUCACAGGGAAUCUAAUGGUGGUUUUUGCCAUUGUGAGAGAAGGCAGUAAAAAAAGCAUCACUGACAUCUAUCUCCUGAACUUGGCUAUCUCGGACCUUCUGUUCGUGAUCUCCCUCCCCUUCUGGGCUUCCAACGUGGUGCGUGGAUGGACCUUUGGGACUAUUCCAUGCAGAGCUGUUUCCUCACUGUAUUACAUCGGCUUCUUUGGGGGCAUGUUCUUUAUCACUGUUAUCAGUAUUGACAGAUACUUGGCCAUUGUCCGGGCAACAUAUUCUCUGAAAUCCCGAACAACGAAACAUGGCUUUCUUAUAACCUGUGGAGUAUGGGCAAUAGCGGCUUUAGUUUCAGUGCCACAUUUUGUGUUCUCCCAGCUGGUAGAAAAUGACUGCAUUGCUGUCUUCCCCCAGAAGCUGGAGAACAUCUGGCCUGUGUUCUGCAACAUGGAGCUGAACACCAUUGGCUUUUUCAUCCCAGUAUGUAUCAUAUGCUAUUGCUACUGUGGGAUCCUCAAAACCCUGCUGUCCUGCAAAAAUCAGAAAAAAACACGAGCCAUAAAACUGAUCUUGGUUGUGGUGGUUGUGUUUUUUCUGUUUUGGUCCCCUUACAAUGUACUGAUUUUUCUUGAGACUUUAAAGCACUAUGAGUUAUUCACAAAUUGCAACCAAAUUAAAUCACUGGACUACGCAAUGCACCUGACUGAAACCAUCGCAUUCAGUCACUGUUGUCUCAAUCCUCUUAUCUAUGCAUUUGCUGGGGAAAAAUUCAGGAAAUACCUUUAUCGUGUCUGCUUAAAGUACUGUCCAUUCCUGUGUUUCUGUGGCCCCUGCAGUCGCUACCAGGUCACCUAUUCAGCUGGCUGUGCAGAAAGCGCCGUGAACAGCAACAUAACCAUGAACACCAGUGACCAGGAUGGCUCUGUCUUUGUCUAAAAGGCUCUCUGAAGAAGAAAUGUAUGUAAAUAUGUCUUCUGCAAGUCUAGCUGUAUGGUUACGUGCAGAAGAAUGGCGAGGAGACAGGCGAUGGAGGUCAGUACAGCUCUUUCCCAGACUCCUUACAGCUAUUUCCCAGACUCCUUAUAGUAAAUCCCGUCAUGCUUUGUUAAGGCAACAGAGAUCUCUAUUCCACAUUUGUAUUGAGUUUGCGUGGCAAGGUUUUGGUAGCGGGGGGGCUACAGGGGUGGCUUCUGUGAGAAGCUGCUAGAAGCUUCCCCUGUGUCUGAUAGAGCCAAUGCCAGCUGGCUCUAAGACGGGCCCGCCGCUGGCCAAGGCUGAGCCCAUCAGCGAUAGUGGUAGUGCCUCUGGGGUAACAGAGUUAAGAAGGGGGGAAAAAAAAAAAAAACCCACCCUAGAGAGAGCUUUUGCAGCCAGAGAGAGGAAUGAGAAGAUGUAAGAAAUUCUGCAGACACCAAGGUCAGUGCAGAAGGAGGGGCAGGAGGUGCUCCAGGCGCCGGAGCAACGAUCCCCCUGCAGCCCAUGGUGAAGGCCAUGGUGAAGCAGGCUGUCCCCCUGCAGCCCAUGGAGGAAGGAUGAGGGGGUGUAGAGAUUCCACCUGCAGCCCGUGGAGGACCCCACACCGGAGCAGGUGGAGGCACCUGAAGGAGGCUGUGGCCUGUGGGAAGCCCAUAGUGGAGCAAGCUCCUGGCAGGACCUGUGGCCCCAUGGAGAGAGGAGCCCACACCGGAGCAGGUUUGCUGGCAGGACUUGUGACCCCGUGGGGGACCCACGCUGGAGCAGUCUGCUCCUGAAGGUCUGCUGGAGCAGUUUGUGAAGAACUGCAGCCCGUGGGAAGGACUCACGUUAGAGAAGUUGGUGAAGGACUGUCUCCCAUGGGAGGGACCCCAUGCUGGAGCAGGGGCAGAGUGUGAGGAGUCCUCCCCCUGAGGAGGAAGGAGCAGCAGAGACAACGUGUGAUGAACUGACCGUAACCCCCAUUCCCUGUUCCUCUGUGCCACUGAGGGGGGUGGAGGUUGAAACUGGGAGUGAAAUUGAGCCCAGAAAUAUGGGAGGGGUGGGGGGAGGUGUUUUAAGAUUUGAUUUUAUUUCUCAUUGCUCUACUCUGUUUUGCUUGGUAAUAAAUUAAAUGGAUUUUUCUCUAA